CGCAAGCACCACCCGCCGCAGAGCCUGCCCAGCUCCUCGCUAUUUAUAGCAGCCAGGAGGAGCCAGGAGCUGGGCCAGCUCCCACUGCUGGCCUCGCUCGGGCUGCCCAGGGCAGCAGCCCGGGCACGGCCACAGCAGGACAGGCGCUGGGGCAGAUGGCCUCUGUGCACACCAGACCUCCCCACUCCUCUGUGCCUUGCAUUGAGCCUGCCCAGUGAGAGGGGCAUGUCCUGAGCCGGCGCCAACUCCCGCCCUCUGAGAUGGCAGCUGCUGAGAGCUUCAGUGUGACGCACCCUGGGAACCCCCAGCCUGGGGACCUGAUUGAGAUUUUCCGGCCAGCUUAUCAGCACUGGGCCCUCUACCUGGGGGAUGGGUACAUCAUCAAUGUGACACCUGUAGAUGAAGGGCCUGUGGCUUCGUUCGCCAGCGCCAAGUCAGUCUUCAGCAGAAAGGCCCGGGUGAGGAUGCAGCUCCUGAAGGAUGUGGUGGGAAAUGACACCUACCAAAUCAACAACAAGUACGACGACACCUACCCUCCCCUUCCUGUGGAGGAGAUCAUCCGACGCGCUGAGUACCUCAUCGACCAGGAAGUGUCCUAUGACCUUCUUGGCAACAACUGUGAGCACUUUGUGACACUGCUCCGCUAUGGUGAGGGGGUCUCUGAGCAGGAAAAUGCACUGAGAAAUGGGGAAUAUCAUCGCCACCCGCAGACAGGGAUCUCCAUGGGAGUCCAAGACGAUGCUGUCUCUCACACUGAGAGCAUGCAGGCGAGCCAAGAGAUACAGUUACACUCUCUGAGCCCCACUACCGUGGUCUAACUAUAGCAGCUAACAUAAUAGGAGCAAAUGCUCCUUUUCCAGUGAAGUCACACAUCCAAACACUCUCUGCUCUGUACGGAUUUCCUCUAGCUGUGCUUGCAAAGGAUUAUGAGCCAAAUUCCACUCUCUGGGCCCUGGGGAUUGCUCUAGCAUCAGUGGUUGUGAUGUUACUGACAGCAGAACUUGGCUCCUCAUUUCAAUUUUUAUUGGAAAGUGAAUUUGACUGUUUACACUUGGGCUCUUACACACAGCUGGUUUCCCUGAGCUGCUUACUUGUUAGGCAAACCAGAAGGGUAAUGACGACGUCUUGUAUGAAGUACUGGUAAUUUCCAAAGAUCUGCAGUUGCUGGAAGAAAAACAAAGAAAGCAUCACAUGACAACAGGUGUCAACUUUCAUGAUACAACCUGCAACACCAGCUGCUGUUUCAAAGCAAUGUCGUGCCAGAAAGCAUUAUCAAGGCCCUGAUGGACUACUCAGACCAGGUCAAGCACUCCUAGCCCACAGUAACAGCAACACGAACCAGAGUUUCACUUUGUGCCAGGCUUGAAAUGUCUUCGGGCAACGGGAGCACUGUCAAAGGUGGUAGGCCCAAACUAGUGGCUGGGUAAGCAGGUUGAUUUCGUACUCAUGUAUUUCAACAAUUCUGAUAUUAUCUGAAAUAGUUUAACUAUUUUAUUGACAAGGAGUCUUGAAAAUUUGAUUCCCUAAGAAGCCAUGUACUGUCGCUGUGCGGUGACCCACAAACACUCUCUCUGUGUUCUCCCACCAAGGCUGAGCCAUACCAUGAAAAUUCACAGCAGCUCAAUUGGCCUGAUGCCCUUCACCUUCUGAGGGACGGUGCACAGAUGUGCAUGGACAUGGUUAGGAAAAGUGGCCCUGAGUAAAAGCCAUUUCCUUCGCUAUUUUUCUUUUCACUGAUAAAAAUUUUAGAAGACUCCUCAUACAGCAGCGAUAAAUAAAGGUCAUUCUUAAGAACUACCUACCCUUAUUCAUCUGUAUAAGAAGCUUUCUUUUCCAAGGUUUUUUUUUUUUUCUUUUUUCUUUUCCCCAGCAGAGGGAGAAAGCUGCCCUGCCAAAGCAUCCAUUUGAUAGCCAGUCCUGCUCCUGGGCCUCCACCACCCAGCUGAGGAGUACUGACCCCCUUUAUAAUUCCCCUUUCUUCUUUUAGAAUAGAUGAAGCUGUAUCAUCAGGCUUUUUCACUGAUUCUGGGACUCCCUGCAACCAGUCUACGUUGUGCUGCUAACUACCCAGCUUUUCACAUCUCUGUUAUUCUUUGAAGCCCUGUAUUACCCAGCCCCAGCUGUGUAAUACUGCUAAAGAUAAAAUCCAAGAAAAGCACAGUUCACUGACAGAAGGUUGGUAUUAUACACUUACCCAAAACAGCAGGGCAGUACCAAAAAAUUGAAUCAAGCCAUAAAGGGUCAGGUAUUUAACCACAGCAAAAGAAGCAACCAAAGCAGCUCGACCUUCCCUGCUCAAAAAGAAAAAAAACAAACGAAACCAAAACCCCCCUUACAGCUGCAGACAAAGUACUAAGGUCUUAGUGCUAGAGGCAGUGUCUGCUCGUAAGGACAACAACUUUUGUGUAGGGCUUUUAAGAAGAAUGGGAAAGAGUCUAAAUUCCAUGGACAAACAUUUUGGCCUUAAGAUACUGCAGAGCCACUUAACUAGCCCUUCAUCUGCAGUGUUUUGUUUCUUUGCUUUUAUUCUGCAGCUACAAUUUAAUAUCUGGCUUAAGCUGCUGCUAUUUUUUUUCAUUACUAAUUCGUUCAACACUUUUGGGAAUGAGGUGCAUUUCUGUACAGAAAGGUAAUUGUCUUUGCAUGUAUUUAGGUUUGAGGGCAUUAUUACUGGCUGCUCCAUGACUCUGUACAGCAUGCGGAUGCCAACAUUUUGAGGUAAUGACAAGCAAAUCUAUUCUGUGGUCACUGCUACAUCUGUCCUUUCAUGUGACUCUAUUCCUGUGCCUAUUCCAAAAAAUCAGCAACCGUGGGUGAAGCUCUCCUAAAAAUCACAAAAACACUCACAGCACUUCAAUUUUAAGAUUCAGAAAACCCACAACCACAAGCAGCAAAAAAGCUUUCUGCUUUGUUUUGCAUAUUUACCGAGAAAUUGUUUGGUUUCUCAGCAUCCUUGAGGCGAACAUGUACAUGCGAUCUCUCUCCACCCCCCUUUCUUUCUCUGUGCAUGUGUUUACACAAUUAGCCAUACAAAUGUAAAAAAGUAAAUACAAAUUAUUUUCAUUAUCACCAAGCUGCCUCAGGAUCCUGCUCACUCCUGUGCUCUCCCACUAGCAGCCCGGCGCACGGCGCUCCGGGCAGGCCACAGCGCGCCAAGCAAACCUACCUGAUCAGCUCCGGCACACACUGGAUGUUGGGAAUUUGGGACGUGAAAGGGGAAGCCACAGACGCCUCCUGCUCUGACAGUGAUAUUCCUGCAUGGGCCAUUUUCAAAGCCUGAAAUCCACAGGAGUAAGAAAAUGGAGAGACAUGCUUACACCUCUCACACCCUGCACCCUACAUUUACUGGAGCUUUUCAAGCUUUGCUUCAAAUGUCCUUUGUAAUUGAUCUUCCUCUAUUCUGUAGCCUAACUGAUCUCAUUUUCCAGAUAGUAUUCCUUCCCUAGGGCUUAAAUAUCCCCUUUGUUCAUUUAAUCCCAUUAUACCUAUUUACAGUCUUUUGAAGGAUGCUGUAGGGUCUCCCCCAUGCUGGAAUUUGUAUAUACCUCUUCUGUUAAAUAUUCUGUUAAACUAUUUAUAUUAGCAUUUCCUCUUUCUUCUUUCUAUUCCUUUCAAUGUCCUCUUCAUAUUUCUUUUAUUGCUUUCUUAUGAGUUCCCAGCAACCUGAUUUCAGCACCUCUUCUUUAGUACUCAGAAGUGAGCUGUUGGCAACUUUUACAAAACCAAUACAUUAUUAUAAUAUUAUUAUAUUAUUCAUAUAAUAAUAGAUAAUAUAAUAGAUGAUGUAAUUAUUUUUCUAAGGCCAUCAGCUUUACAUUUUAGUCCCAGAAGAUAAAUCAGAAUAAUCAUAAAUAUCGUGUAAAAACAAGUAUCCCUGCCCCCAGUUUCUGGCAAAAACAAAAAAACAAAAAAAACCCCACAGUAAUGUUCCUCUGGGGUUUUUUUGAUGGUAUUGUGAAAAAAAAGCACCUAUAUUGUACUUUACAAUGACAUGCUGACUGAAUGUACCCACAGGCUGACUCGGAAAAUGCUGAUGAAAUGUUUUGUCACACAGUCCCUUGCAACAGUACUUGUUAGACUGAACGAGCUGAAACUUUUAACAAGAAAGGGACGUGAGCUGGUACCUACCCCACAGUCAUUAGCUCCAUCGCCACACAUACCCACGUAGUAGCUGAUGGGGAAAAAGGCAGACAAAUGCAUAAGCUUUGCAUACAACUAUUUCAUCAUGUAGUAGGAUACUCGGCACAGGAUUUGCAGGUAUAUUAGAUCAGGACUCACGUUACCCUACUACAGGAGAUAGAUGCAGGGGGAGUAAGGCGGCUGUUUCCACAGGGUUAAUCGCUUACGGGGAGGGGCUGGAGCAGAGUGCAGAGAGCAAAAUUAGGAUUAAAUUUAGAAAGAGAUUAUAACAGGAAAGGAAACAAUAUCAUUUUCUUCCAGGCAGUGUUUUCCCUUUAGUACUAGGUGUCACAGAAAGGGAGCAGGGUGUGCAUAUUUGCACAUUUGUUCCUGUGGCUGCAGCUUGACUUUUAGUGACACUUUGUCCCUGAACGUGCCUGUAGGAUCAAUGAAGCAGUAAUUACUAGAAUAACACAGCAGCUCCCAAACCAUCACGCGAGGUCCCUCCAAGAGGCCUGGGGACUUCCUCCCUGGAUGAAGCACCUCAUACCCAAUAACUCUACUGUUUCCUUUUGGAAAGGUGUCACAUCUCAUUUGUCCUCAGCCAGUAAUAUUUGCGGUUAGUGCAAUUUCUGGUGGGGAAGGAAUCAUUCAUUUGGAAGGUAUCUGAAAGAACAGCUUUUGGGUCAAACUCCUGACUGCUUCAAGCCCUCUUCAGCUUCACUAAAGCUGCAACCACAGCAGUGCCAGCAAGCCUGCGGGGAGUAGCGGCAGGAGGUAUUUGCGUGGGCUAGAGCCUGGCUCUAUAUUUUUGUCUCAUCCCUGGAUAAUGCUGCUUACUGCACUGCAACAGAGAGAAGCAGUGGCUAAAACUGGUCGAUGGGUAAAGCUACUCCUGACGUGCAGGAUUCUUGUAGGCAGACUGGGAGGAAGGUGGCCACAAAGGAUGUGAACACGGAUUGUGUGCGGAGGAAGGGAGGAUCAGAAAGCUGGGUUUGGAGCAGCACUGACUGGUAUAAUUAUACUUCAAACAAAGCAUUUUACUGUUUUUUUUUUCCUUUUUUAACAACAAUAAAAAAAACAAACAAAACCUUA